CAGCGCUGUGGAUCACGACAGUUCUGACCAAAUAUAUUCAUCUGUGGAUAACCGUUUGGUGAUAUUAAGAGGAAUACAAUAUUCGCUGCGUAGGUAGAGAAAUCCACAAUGGCCUCUGCAAAAGUGGUCACCACCAGCGAGCUAAACGAACUCAAAUAUAAUAUUCAGGAUAUCAGAGGAGCUCGUUUUAAAUUUCCAGUUUCUUUAGAGACAUUCAAACGACAUAUUAACUAUGAUGAGCUCAUAAGACCAAUAUUAAUGAAAGCUGCACAAGACGAAUCAAAAGCAGCCGCGAUGAUGAAUUGCCCCAAACAAUGUGAUUGGCAGUUCUUACGCUUCUAUCGCUCUUUUUACGUGUAUCCGGACAGGCGCCAGCAAUAUAAUUAUCAUUUUAAAACAGAUAAUGCAGUGUUAAAACAGCGCUUAUUGAGCCUAGCUGAACCCCUUAAUGAAAAGGCACUGAAAAUAUUCAGCUCAAAUCAGACUUUUGAACGUCCAAAACCUUCAACAGAAACAGACCUAAACGGCUAUUCAAUCCAAGAAUCUUUGUUACCUGUGAACUUUAAGAAUUUUAGUCGGCACAUACUGAAUCUGCCAGAUAUUGUGGACAAUAUGUUGUGUUCUAAGGAAUAUAGCUGUAUGAGCAAGGAAGAAUGCGCAAAAAAGUAUUAUAAAGCUUUUUAUACGGAUUCGAAAAUACGUAAAAGGUACAAAGUUAAACUUAAGCCCUGUCCUUCUAAAAUACGUAGAAAUCUCCUUGCCAUGGCAAGUAAAGUGGCAAAAUUAAAUGCUUUGGAUGACCCAGUCGACUUACCUCAGGAAGAUACAGAUGUUGCAUCCCGUAUACAAAGUGAACAAAUAGUUGUACCCAAAAAGAAAAUUAGAAAAAAUCAAGACGUCGAGAAGGCAUUGAAUUUAUUGAGUCCAAAUCAGAUUGUUGAACCGCAAAAAACGACAACAGAAACUUAUCCAAACGCAUAUUCAAUCCAAGAACUGCCACUUCCUGUGAGCUAUAGGGCUUUUAGUCGGCACAUUCUAAAUCUGCCAGAUAUUGUGGACAAAAUGUUGUGUUCUAAAGAAUACAGCGGUAUGAGCAGGAAAGAAUGCUCGCAAAAGUAUUACAAAGCUUUUUAUACGGAUCCGAAAAUGCGCCAAAAGUACAAAUACAAACUAAAGCCCUGUCCUUCAAAAAUACGUAGAAAUCUCCUUGCCAUAGCAAGUAGCAUAAAACAAACUAAGCCCUUGGGUGACUCAAUAGGCUCGCCCCAAAAAAAUAAGGAUAAUGCAUCCCGUAUACAAAGGGAACAAAUAGUUAUAUCAAAAAAGAACAUUAGGGAAACAAAUCAGAACCUCGGGAAAACAUUGGACUUAUUGAGUCCAAAUCAGAUUGUUGAACCGCACCAAACCUCAACAGAAACAGAUCUAAACGCGUAUUCAAUCCAAAAAUCACCACUACCCGUGAACUUUAAGGAUUUUAGUCGGUAUAUUCUCAAUCUGCCAGAUAUUGUGGACAAAAUGUUGUGUUCUAAAGAAUGCAGCGGUAUGAGCAGGGAAGAAUGUGCAAAAAAGUAUUACAGAGCUUUUUAUACGGAUUCAAAUAUACGUAAAAAGUACAAAUACAAAUUAAAGCCCUGUCCUUCUAAAAUACGUGAAACUCUUCUUGCCAUUGCAAGUAAUGUGGAAGAUUUAAAACCUUUGGAUGACGCGCCUGACUCGCCUAAAAAAGAUACGGAUAUUGCAUCCCUUAUACAAAGCGAACAAAUAGUUAUAGCCAAUACUGUGUUACCUGUGAACUUUACGGAUUUUAGUCGGCACAUACUCAAUCUGCCAGAUAUUGUGGACAAUAUGUUGUGUUCUGAGGAAUAUAGCGGUAUGAGCAAGGAAGAAUGCGCAAAAAAGUAUUACAGAGCUUUUUAUACGGAUUCGAAAAUGCGUAAAAAGUACAAAUACAAACUGAAGCCCUGUCCUUCCAAAAUACGCAAUAAUUUCCUUGCUAUGGCAAGUAACGUGAAGCAAUUGAAACCUUUGAAUGACACACCCGAAUCGCCUCAAAAUAAUGCAGAUAUUGCAUCCCUUAUACAACGCAUACAAAUAGUUAUACCCAUAGGGAACAUUCUUUACGAGUUCCCAGUUUCGUUUCAAACAUUCCAGAAAUAUAUUAACUACGAUGAACUAAUUGUUGAACUUGCGCUCUGUAGCUCAAAUUCCACAGCAACAUUGGCUGAUAAAGAAAUGUGCCUAAAUUUACUAAAAGAUUUCUAUUAUUCCUUCUACAUAAAUGGCGAAAUUCGCUCUCAGUUUAAAUACAAUUUCAAAAAAGCUCCAAAAUACUUGCAAAUAAAUUUAAAUGCCAUGGCGGUUCAACUUAAUAAAGUAGAUGAAAUUGAAGGAUUGACAAUGGUUGAUCCGAAGCCAAAUACUGGCAUCAUGCCACGCUCUAUUCCUGCGGUUUUUACUAAAACUUUUCCAAGGCGGACAAUCGGGAGCUCUUUCGAUGAAGGGACAAUGUUGUCAACUGAGGGUAUAGCAACAAAUUUAUUGAAUACCGAAAAACAUGCGCUCAAAAGCAACACUAAACUAACCGCCGUGAAGGCAUUGAAUUUAUUGAGUCCCAAUCAGAUUGUUGAACCGCAAAAAACGUCAACACAAACAGAUCUAAACGCCUAUUCAAUCCAAAAAUCACUACUACCUGUGAACUAUAAGGUUUUUAGUCGACAUAUUCUCAAUCUGCCAGAAAUAGUAAACAGUAUGUUGUGUUCUAAUGAGUACAGCGGUAUGAGCAAGGAAGAAUGUGCGAAAAAGUAUUACAGAGCUUUUUAUACGGAUUCGAAAAUACGUAAAAAGUAUAAAUACAAACUGAAGCCCUGUCCUUCCAAAAUACGCAAUAAUCUCCUUGCUGUGGCAAGUAACGUGGAGCAAUUGAAACCUUUGGAUGACCCACCGAAAUCGCCUCAAAAUAAUGCAGAUAUUGCAUCCCUUAUACAACGAGAAGAAAUAGUUAUACCCAAAGAGCACAUUAGAAAAACUCAAGAAGACAUCGAGAAGGCAUUGAAUUUAUUAAGUCCCAAUCAGAUUGUUGAGCCGCAACAAACCUCAACAGAAACAGACCUAAACUCCUAUUCAAUCCAAGAAGCACCACUUCCUGUGAACUAUAGGGCUUUUAGUCGGCACAUUCUAAAUCUGCCAGAUAUUGUGGACAAAAUGUUGUGUUCUAAAGAGUACAGCGGUAUGACCAGCGAAGAAUGUGCGCAAAAGUAUUACAGAGCUUUUUAUACGGAUUCGAAAAUACGUAACAAGUACAAUAUAAAAUUAAAGCCAUGUCCUUCCAAAAUACGUAAAAAUCUCCUUACAAUGGCAAGUAACGUGGAACAAUUCAAAUCUUUGGAUGACACACCCGACUCGCCUCAGAAUAAUACAGACCUUGCUCCUCUUAUACAAAACGAACCAAUAGUGAUAUCCAUAGAGAACAUUCAUUACGAGUUUCCAGUUCCGUUUCAAACAUUCCAGAAAUAUAUUAACUACGAUGAACUGAUUGUUGAACUGUCGCUCUGUAGCUCAAAUUCCACAGCAACAUUGGCUGAUAAAGAGAUGUGCCUAAAUUUGCUAAAAGAUUUCUAUUAUUCUUUCUACAUAAAUGUCGAAAUUCGCUGUCAAUUUAAAUACAAUUUUAAUAGAGCACCGAAAACGUUGCAAACCAGUUUAAAUGCCAUGGCCAUUCGACUGGAAAAUGUAGUUGAAAUUGAAGGAUUGACAAUGGUUGAUCCAAAGCCAAAUACCGGAAACAUGUCACUGCCUAUUCCUGUAGUUGUUACUAAUACUUUCCCAACGCAGACAACCGAUAACUGCGUCGAUGAAGGGCCAAUGACGACACCUGAGCGUACAGCGCUCAAAAGCAAAACUAAACAAAACGUCAUGAAUUUUGUGCCAACAAAUUUGCGGGAAUACAUAACUUGUAAGCUGAAAUGUCCGCAAAAAAGUCUUGAAGUGGAAAAGUAUUUUUUAAGCACCUUUGAUAAGCGGGAAGAGCUUAAAAACGCUGAAGAUCAAUUUUUUGCUGACAAUAGUGUGGAACACACAAUUCAGUACCUGCUCCAUAAUACGCACGGUCGAGCAAUGCAUAUUUGGCACAUACUCUCGAAGCUGAGCCUUGAGGAGUUUAGAGCUCAUACAGGCAUAUAUAAUGCACAGGAAUUCUACGAGAAUAAUAACAUCUUAACGCUUUGCUAUAAGCACGUCAUUGAAAACGGUUGUUGGCCUUUAAAUUUGUAUGUGAAAAUGGAAACGUUCCGCCAACUCCUACAAGCCAAAGGCAUAGAAAUGCCACUUUAUGAAUUUGAGCACAUUUCGCCAAAAAUUCUGCAUUGGUCUGAACUGCAGCUUUACACGAACUUUGAAGAAAUAGUCGAGUCUCACUAUUCUUAUCAAACUUCCAAGAAAAUCGAAGAUUAUGUGAGCUUACUCAAAGAAAUGGAAAAGCUGUACACUCAGUGUUGGCUCCAUAAUCAAUGGAUACACCAAGUUCCAAAAAUUACAGAGAGUCCGUUGAUGGCUGUAAAAUCUCCUGCAGCUGUAAGUGACUUACCAACGUCUGCUGAAGAACCUUCCCAUGUGCCAGCGUCGGCUCACUUGCAUUCUCACACUCUAAUUGAAAGCGAACCUUCCCUUCAUGUUGUUGAUAGCGCACCUACUGUUAAUAAGGCUGUUGCUACUGUUGCUUGCUCACCGGACCUUUUUCCAGUCGAUUCUAGUGGCGAAACUGUGGUACGGGAGACAUCGAAUGCAGCUUUGUUAACAUCAACCGAUCCACAAAUGGGAAUUUCUAUAUGUCCGCCUACUCAACUUGAUUCCUCCCACAUUGAAAAUACUACUGGCGCAGAGGCCCCUACGGCAGUGCACAAUAUUUCAAAUGAAAGUCCCAUGCCAGCUGCUAAACUUACUGCCCAAUGUGGCCAACAGAUCAAGCAAGAGCCAAUUAAAUGCCUGGAUAAGUUGCGCUUUGAUUUAAACAACAGUGAAAGCGACGAUUACGAUUGUGAAAGAAUUAACUCGGAGGAGAAUAUCAUAAUCAUUGACGGCGAAUCAGACAAUUCGGGUGGAGAAUUGCAAUGUUUUGAAAUACCAAAAGGUCGUGACUGCACAUUGCCGAACGCCUGUGUAGAUAUUCCUGAUCACACGUCAAUGUUGGUUGAUGAUAAUGAAUCUACUGCGGGAGAGGUCCAACAGAAUUCUGCAAAUAUUGUGCGGCAAGCAACAACGGACAUAUUGAAAACUGGGGAAGUAGAAGCUUUCAAUGCUUCCGCUGCAGAACACUGUGUUGCAUCGGCUAACCAAUUACCAAAUGGACCCAUAUUCACUCGUCCAGCGUUAGCGCAAACUUCGGCUAAACGCUCAAUCCCAGCUGCUCCACUUCCAAAUGACCAGCCACAACAGCCACCAUUGCAACCAACCAUUACAGUUUCACAGGUUUUGGCAACUGAUAAUUCGAUAUUCGAUUCGACGCAGAUAAGAGUUGCUUUAGGGGAACAAAUGGACCCAUCGCGAAAGAGGAACACAUAGCGGCCCUUGCACAACUAUCCAAGCAAAUUGGAUUGUUAAAUUGUUAAAUUCGCCUAUUGCUAUUCCACCUGUGAGUCUGCAUUAUUGUUAAACUGUUUUAUAUUUUCUACAAUAAAACAAGUAGAGAAGCUAAA